AUGGGUACUGUAUUCAAAAGGGGAAAAAUACGGACUUCUCGAGAUCGUAUAGAUUUCCUUGCUUCGAUUGUUCAAGCACCAUUAGAAGUGCAUCAUUCUUUGGCCGACUUAGAAGUACCAGCGUCAAAACGAUUGCCUCACUCCAGUGGCGCACGUUUUCUUUCAACAUGCAAUUGUGGCCAUUCUCAAGCACUGCGCAAUGAUCCCUUCACACUCAAGGAAGCGAAUUAUGAUUUCUACAUGCAGUCUCACUUCGAAUGUUGCCAAGAUUUUGAACGCUACGAAUUUGAAGUAUUUGAACAAGAAGCCACUGAGGGAAAAUUGGAUGAUGUGGAGUCGUUGGAUGAAUCGCUCGUCUCGCCGAAACAAAGUCUUGUACAGUCUGUCUAUUCGGUGGUCGAAGAGGAUCUGGAAAUGCUUUUGGAUAGGGAUAAUCGUCUGGAAGUUGACGAAUUGCAUCGUGAUUCUCCUUUCAAAAUUACUGUGGGAUUCCAUCAUGGAAGAACUUACUUGCGCUUGGAAAGGGUUGGGGUAAAUUCCGGUAUUUCAGCGGAAGAUCUGGAAAUUGACGACGAAGAAACGGCAGUGAUGGAGGAGAAGAAGGAUGUUGUGGAAGAAAAAGAUGAGCCACAACAGUUAGCGGUAGAGGAUGAAGAUGACGAGGAUCCGGAGUUGACAAAGCUUGUUGAGCCGUCUGGAAUACGACAUCUCAAAGCGCAUAUGGAUGAAUAUACAGAUGUGUGGUCAGAUGAAGAUGAAGACGAAGAUGUGCGAUCUGAAGGUGGAGAGCGUGCCCCUUCAUAUCUGGACAUGGCCGAGGAAGUGCAACCACGAGAGGAGCCGAAUACGGAGAUCGCAAAGAAGCUGCAUACUUCGGCCAUAAGCUUUGAGGAAGAACUGGCCCAACUGAAGAAACUGUGCAGA